AUGGAUGCAAACAUUCCAUUGCUUGAUUCUAAAAACACUGUUGUCGACGAUCCUCACCAUUAUGACCUACCUGAUUCUGAUACCCCAUCAUCACCAGUACGCCACACCCAAGACGUUCUGGUUGCUGCUACUGAUGAAGCACAAUGUUCUUCAAUAAACACAAUUCAAGAAGCAAACAUGCCCUUAUUAGAUUCUGACGACUCUGUGGACGAUCCCCAUUACUUACCUGACUCUGAUACUUCAUCUGAUCAACCUUUGAGCAAGAUUCGUAGAACAUUAAAGAAAACCUCAACUCACCAGAGUGGAGAAGUGGCUGAAGUCAUUCACCCUGAUGAACAAUACACUAAAAGAACGGGAGAACUUAAAAAAAGAAAGAAGUUUUAUAAAACCGUUGCAGAAAGGAAUGCUGAUAAACUGGAAGAAAUUAAAACUAAACAUACGGUUCGAACAGGUUGUGGAUCAUGCAAGAAAGGAUGUGUUGGAAAAAUUGCGGAAGAUCAGCGUAUAUCAAUCAAUAGGGACUACUGGAUGAUGUCCUGGCAGGAACGUCAAAUUUUUCUUUCGGCAAGUAUUUCAACUAUGGAAGUGAAACGGCGAAGAGGAUCUGGAAUGUCGAGGACAAGGUCUUGUAAAUACUUUUUGAAAACUGCACACGGUGAAAAAGUGGAAAUCUGCAAAGUGUUCUUUCUAACUACACUGGGAUAUAAUCGCAAAAACGACCGAGCUAUCACCAAUGUUAUUAAUAAGGAAAAUUAUGCUACGAGCGGGCAAGAUAAACGAGGAAAGCACCCCAAAACUCCUAAAACGGAUCGAAGUGUAAUCAAAACACAUAUUGAAUCUUUUGAACCUACCAUUUCCCAUUACAAAAGAGAACAUGCGCCGAACAAAAGGUAUUUAGCUAGCGAUAUCAACAUCACUAACAUGCAUAAGGAUUUCAUGGCAAAACAUCCCGACAUAAAGUGUUCUUACGAGUUAUACAGAAAGUGUGUUUCGAAGGACUGUAAUAUUCCAUUCACUAAAUUGGGUCACGAGGAAUGUGAAACAUGUGAAAUUUUCAAGAUGCAUGAUCCAAAACAUACUCAACAAAAUCUAAUACCAGACUGCGAGUCGUGCAAGGCAUGGGAAAAUCAUACAAGUAAGGCAAAUAAUGCCCGUGAAAAAUACAGGACAGAUACUGCUAAUGCUGGUUCCGAUGAAACAUCCCUAAUUGUUUCUGCAAAUUUAGAAAAAGUUAUAAUGCUCCCCAGGAUCGACAUGUUCAAGCAGGUGGAGCUAUCUCUACAACAGAAGAAGAAAGUCUACGAUUUUGCAGAUUUUGUAAAUUGUGUACAAGCUGCAAAUUCAGGAAAAGUGACCGUGAAGGAAAUGAAUCUGGGGGACUUCUUUGUUUGGCCCGAUAAUUCUUCCUCUCACAAAAUAAAACAAUUGAUUCCAAGACCUUAUAUGAAAGACAUUGUGGAAGUCAUUGCGCAGAGAGGAAAAAACGAACUCAUUUAUCGAACAAGUUUGGAUGCAGAGCUGGCGUUGCUGCAAGCGCCCAAAACGCGCAGAAAUCGCAAGAAAAACGCCUGUGUGUUGGUAUUUGCUGCCGCGCUGGCUACUCGAUGGACGGCCGACGACGCUGGUCGCCGAGAUCAGUCUUGUUUGAUUUCGGCGACCGAGAAGACAACAAAAGGCCUUAAAAAUGCCUGUGUGUGUGACGAAAUGGCAGAAAGUCAGCGAUUUGGACAUUCAGAAAAAUUUAUUUCUGCUUUCAUUGAAAUAUUCAAACAGCAAAAAUGCUUAUGGAUGGUGAAAAGCAAGGAAUACUCCAACAGGAUCAUGAAGAACCACGCCUACGAAGAGCUAUUAAAUUUAUAUGAAAAUUAUAAUGACGAAUGUGAUAUUGAUUUUGUUAAAAGAAAAAUUAAAAGUCUCCGGGAUUCAUUCCGCAAGGAAUAUAAAAAGGUUCGUGCUACAGAAAAAUCAGGAGCAAGUACUGACGACAUAUAUGUACCAAAUCUGUGGUACUACAAAUUACUUUCAUUUCUAAAAGAUCAAGAAGUUCCAAGAAUGGGUCGAGACAGUGACACGCAAGUUGAGAUUUUCAAUGACGGAAGUAUCGAGGCUACAGAAAAUGAAUCUCAGGCAGAAGCUGAAAGUAUCCCAUCCGAGGACAAAAGUGAAGACGAGUCAAACUCUAGACAACAAGAAACUUCAACUACUGACAAAGUACUACCAAGAAAGCAUAAACUAAAAAAUGGGCGAGCACCAAUGCAAACAAGAAAAAGUCAGUUGAGAAAGCAUAUGAAAUAUUAUCCAAACCAGAUGACGAAUAUGAUAUAA